AUGGAACUCGAACACCCUGAUGACGGAAUAGACACGUUCUGCACUGCCAUACCUAAGAAAGAACCUGUCGAAGGAAAGCUUCUCUUAGAACCAGUGAGAAAUCUAUCAAGGAAACCUUCUAAGCACUGGGAGGACGACGAUUUGAUGCCGUUAGUUAAGCUGCUUGCGGGACGACCAUACAUUGACGGAAGAGGCGAUAAUUAUGAAGGUGCUAACGCGUUUAAUAUGAUCAGUCCCGACUUCGAUGCAUACUUGGACAAACACGAUCAUAUUCGUGGAUUGAUCGACCCUACUUAUGUGGUAGCUGACGUUGGUGGGAAUGAAAUUCCCAAUUUCAGACUUGAUAACUACCCACAAACUCUUCCACAACCAACCGCUUUCGGGGGUACAAAUUAUAUAUGA